CGUCGCGCCUUUUCCUCCUACCCUUCAUUUUCUUCCUCGGACCAGAAUGCGGUUUAAUGAGAGUUCUCUUUAUGGGGUUCUUCUGAUAAAGGGAGUGAGGGAGAGUUGAUGAGUUUCUUUUCCUGGCCGAACGUGGUGGAGUCGCCGUGGAUCACGAAGUUCGUUCACGUAGAUUUCAUCCAUGGGAAGCCAGUUGAUCUCCGUUUAUCCUGAAGAGCUUAGUUUUCCGUUUGAGCUGGAGAAGCAAAGCUAUUGCAAUCUUAAAUUAGUGAACAACAGAGAGCAUCAUGUUGCUUUUAAGAUCAAGACAACUUCACCAAAAAAGUACUUUGUACGGCCUACUACUGGCAUUAUACUACCAUGGGACUCCAUUGUAGUUUUAGUUACCCUUCAAGCACAACGGGAGUGUCCACCAGAUAUGCAAUGCAAGGAUAAAUUUCUUGUUCAGAGUACAGUUGUUCCUCCUAGUACAGAUUCAGAUGAUAUCCCCCCUGACACGUUUAACAAGGAUGCGGAAGGGAAGAUAGAAGAGUGCAAACUUAAGGUUGUUUAUACAGCUCCGUCUGCUUCUAAUGGUCCUGGAAGCUUAGAGGAUCACCUAUUAUUCCACUCAUCCAUGUUAAGGAGCUCGAAGCGUAGUACUGAUAGCAACUCGAUGUGCAGUGCUGCAGGUCCCGAAGAGGCUGUGGCACAAUUGAAGGAGGAAAUAAUUGUGGCUCUUCAACAGCGUAAAAAGUUGCAACAAGAGCUGGAUAAUUUAAAGCAAAGUAAAUUGCAGAAGCGUCGUGCUGGCCUCUCAAUAAAGUUGAUAUUCAUUGCUGGACUUGUGGGAAUCCUAAUUGGGUACAUAUUGAGCCUAUCACGCUCUAUGCAAUUGGGUUCCAAGCUGAAUGCUGAACUGUGAUGUUUCUCGUUAUUGUAAAUCUGCCUGAUCCAUGAAAGCAAUCAUCUAGUUCUCCUUUUUCUAUAUAUGUAUCUUCUCCAAUUGCUUCUCUUUCUGUUCUCUUCCAUUUUUGCUGGUUUUGUUGUUGAAAAGGCGUACAUAUGAAACUGUUAAAUUGUAAUUUGUGUUGUGCUCGAUUGAUCGAGCUGGUUUUCCAGUAAUCUGAAAGCUGCAAAAUUUGUAGUUUA